AUGUCCAUUCACAUGCUCUCCAAACUACUAGUUCUGGUGCUGUUUCAUCUUGUGGUUGCUAACUUUGUGGACUCUUUGCAGCAGCUAUCUUGCCAUGCCGACGAGAGCUCAGCCUUGCUGCAGUUCAAGGAGAGCUUUAUUAUUGACAAAUCUGCCUCAAGGUACGAUGGUGCUUAUCCAAAGGUUUCAUCAUGGAAACCAGCUGGGGGAGGAAAUAGCAGUUGCUGCUCGUGGGAUGGUGUGGAGUGUGACGAGAUGACAGGUCAUGUUAUCGGCCUUAAUCUGAGUAGCAGUUAUCUCUACGGCUCUUUCGACUCCAAUAAUAGCCUGUUCAGCUUGGUGCAUCUUCAAAGGUUAAGCCUCUCCGAUAAUAAUUUCAAUUACUCUCAAAUUCCAUCUAGCGUUAGAAAUUUUCCAAGCCUCACUCAUCUUGACCUCUCUGCCUCUUUCUUUUCUGGUCAAGUACCAUCUGAAGUCUCUCACUUGUCCAAGUUGACAUACCUUGAUCUGUGUUGCAAUAUUGAAGGACCUAAUUAUGAUCCUCAUGGAUUGCUGAAACUUCAACCAUCGGACAUGAGAAGUCUAGUUCAAAAUUUAACAAGUCUAGAAACUCUUUCUCUCAGUUUCAUUAACAUAUCUUCAAUCAUACCCGUUUCCUUGACAAAUUUAUCAUUUUUGACAUCCCUUAGCAUCAAGAAAUGUGAUCUAUUUGGCGAAUUCCCAGUGAGAAUUUUCAAUUUACAAAACUUAAAAGUUCUUAGUGUGAGAUACAAUCAAGAUCUCACUGGAUAUUUUCCUGAAUUUAAUCAAAGUAGUCCUCUCAUCUUACUGAAAGUUGCGUUUACUAGGUUUUUCGGAACAAUACCUUCUUCGAUUGGAAAGCUUAAUUCAUUGCAAGAGUUGGAUGUGGCCCAAUGUAAUUUUUCAAGAGGUUUGGUUCCAUCUGCACUUGGUAAUCUUAGACAGCUCACUUAUCUAGACAUUUCGGCAAACAAAUUUGGAGGUCCAAUUCCCGAUUCCUUGGCAAACCUUACCCAGUUGACUGUGUUUAGGAUUAGUACGAGUUAUUUCACUGGUCCAAUUCCAUCUUGGCUAGGUAACUUUACCAAACUAGUUUACCUAGAUUUUUCUUUUAAUCAUUUGAAUGGUUCAAUUCCCGCCUCAUUUUCCAAUCUCACCAAUCUCGAGAUCCUUUAUCUACAGUCAAAUAACCUGAGCGGUGUAGUGGAGUUUCAAAUGUUUCAGAAGGCACAAAAUCUCUACCAACUCCAAUUGGGUAAUAACAAUUUGGAAUUUGUUACUGAACAAUUUUCAAAUAUUAUGGAUGUAACUAUUCCACAGUUCACCGUUCUGGGUUUGAGUUCAUGCAAUUUAAAAGAGUUCCCAUAUUUCCUAAGAAAUCAGACAGAGUUAGAGCGGUUGGAAAUAGCAGGAAACAACAUCCAUGGCGAAGUACCAAACUGGAUGUGGAACAUAAGCAAGGAAACUUUGAUAUUAGUAGACAUUACUGAUAACUUCCUUUCGGGGGAACUUCCAGUUGUCAUACCGUGGGUUAACUUGCUCUGCUUGAGGCUUUCAAACAACAUUUUUCAUGGACGAUUACCGGUCCCUCCACCAUCCUUGCUAGAAUAUGGAGCCACUAACAACAAAUUUACUGGAGAAAUUUCACCAUUGCUUUGCAAUAUGAAUUCUCUUCUGUACCUUGACUUGUCGAAAAAUAACUUAAGUGGCACGCUUCCUCAGUGUCUCGGAAACUUUAGUGAUGGACUAAUCCUUUUACUUCUUGGAAGCAACUCUUUUCAUGGCAUGAUGCCUCAAUCAUUCAACAACAGAAGCAGUUUAAGGAUGAUUGAUGUUAGUCAUAACCAAUUGCAGGGCCAAUUACCGAGGUCAUUGGCAAAUUGUGUGAUACUUGAGUAUCUGGUUUUGUCAAACAAUCAAUUCAAUGAUGUCUUUCCCAUUUGGUUGGGGACUCUUCCAGAGUUAAAACUUCUGGCAAUGCCCCAUAAUGAGUUUUAUGGUGUAAUUGGACAGUCCAGAACAAAUAUUGACUUCCCCAGAUUACGCAUUCUUGAUUUGUCUUACAACAAUUUCAAAGGUGAGAUUCCACCUUUGUUUCCAAAUAUUACUAUAAACAAGUCAACAAACAAGUCAACAUACAUGUACGCAUAUGUAUACUAUGAUCUCAAUGGUAUUUCUAUUGGACGAAGUGUUGCUUAUUCAAUCACUUUAGCAAUUAAAGGUUUGGAUUUGCACUAUUCGAAGAUUCAAGAAGGCUUUGCAGCAAUUGAUAUCUCAAGCAACAAAUUUGAAGGUACGAUUCUGGAUUUUGUUGGGAACCUUAAGGAGCUUCACUCACUCAAUAUUUCCAGCAACAUUCUCAAUGGUUCAAUUCCAUCAUCCUUGGGGAACUUAAGGAAUCUUGAAUCGUUGGACCUUUCACACAACAUGCUCUCAGGACAGAUCCCCCAACAACUGACGAGGCUUACAUUCCUUGGGAACUUUGAUGUGUCUCACAACAAUCUCACAGGUCCUAUUCCGCAAGGUACCCAACUUACUUCAUUCAAUAGCACUUCAUAUGAGGGAAACCCAGGAUUGUGUGGAGAUCCAUUACCAAAAUGCGGAAAUCAAGAGGCCCCUCAACCGCCACCUUCAACUGAAGAAGACAGUGAUUCAGGCUCAGCUCGAACGCUUGAAUUUGAUUUGAAAUUCUGUUUGGCUGGAAUUGGAAGUGGGUUUGUGGUGGGAGUUGUACUCGCAGAUGUUGCGAUCACAAGAAGGCAUGAGUUGUUUCUUAAGAUCGUUGGAAUGGUGAGGCUAACGAUAUGGAAAAGGUAG